AUGCACAAGUUUCAGGACCCACGAAUAAUCUACAGACCUUCGGACAUUAUUAAUGAUGUUCGUCGAGAGUACGGGGUGGUCAUGAGCUAUCAGAAGGCUUGGAAGGCCAAAGAAUGCGCGUUUUGCUAUAAUAUGGGAAGAUUUAAUACUGAAUCGACAUUUUUUAUUGAGAAAAAUGACGAGAAUCACUUCAAGUAUUUCAUUAUGGCCCUUGGACAAUGCGUUCGAGGAUUUCGAAACGCAAUGCGACCCUUAAUUCUAGUGGACGGUACAACCCUCAAGGCGAGAUACGGGGGCAAGUUGAUUAUUGUAACAUGUCAAAAUGCUAACAUUCAAAUUUACCCUCUUGCAUUCGGCAUAGUUGACGGAGAAAAUGAUUUGGCAGUGCGUUGGUUUUUCACGAAGUUGAGGGAAGUAAUUGGGGAUGUUGAGAACCUUGCAUUCGUAAUCGACAGAGGGCAAUCAAUAAUUAACGGUAUCGCCGAAGUCUUUCCCGAGGCACAUCAUGGUUAUUGUAUGUACCAUAUACAAGAAAAUCUGAAGACCAAGUAUCAAGGCAAGGGCAUCGUUACAUUGUUUAGGAGAGCUGCAGAGGCUUACGAUUUUCAAGAGUUUGAAAAGUUUAUGGUUGAAAUCGAAAGUAAAUCCUAUGAUGCAUGGGAGUAUCUGACGGAGAUGGGGAUUGAACAUUGGUGGUUUCAUGAUCGUCGUAAGGAGUCACAGAGUUACACAAGUGUGCUAACCCCGGCUCAGGAAAAUAAACUCUUCAAGACUCUAGAGGUGGCAAGGAAGGUAUAUGUAGAACCACUAGAUCAGUUUCGAUUCUCCGCGAGAUAUGCACUGGCGGUAGCUAUGUAUAGAGGAAUUCCAUCACACACCAUAUACAGUGCUUAUUACACGACUGGUUCUUGGAGAGCAGCAUAUGCCGAAACCAUAUUUCUUGUACCGAAUGAAGCCGAGUGGGAAGUUCCUGAUCACAUUCUCUCAUUAAAUAACUUGUUGCCAGCAGCAGUCGGCCCACAUACUCCUGGACGUACACGUACAUCUAGAAUACCAUCGAUCGAAGAAUUUCUCCGACCUCGUAAGUGCGGCGGGUGUGGUGUAACAUGA